CAAUACCAACUAAUUAUUGUUAUCAUGAUUUUUACGUAGACAAUCUUUUUAAAGCUAAAUUUCACAACUUAUUUUUUAGAUAUUUCAUCUGAAAAUGAAAACUAUAAUUCUUCUUGGGAUACUGGGAGCCACAAUGUCAGCCCCGCUUAUCCCACAGCGUCUUAUGUCUGCAAGCAACAGCAAUGAGUUACUACUGAAUCUUAAUAAUGCUCAGCUUCAGCCACUACAGCUUCAGAGCCCGUUUAAUUCCUGGAUCCCUCCUUUCCCCGAGACACUGCAACAGCAGCAGCAGGCUCCAAUUCCAGGACUCUCCCAAUUCUCAUUAUCAACUCUAGACCGGUUUGCUGGACUGUUCCCGAAUCAGAUACCCUUCCCAGGACAGGUCAUUUUCGCUCCAGGAACCCAGGCAGGACAGCUGGACCCCUCACAGCCUCAGACACCACCACAGACCCAACAGGGCCCUAAUGAGGUUAUGCCCUCUGUGUUCACCUUCAGAAUGCCUCAAGAGCCAGCACAGAUGUUUCAAUACUACCCAGUUUACGUGCUCCUGCCCUGGGAACAACCUCAACAAACAGCCGCCUGGUCCCCUCCGCAAACAGGACAGCAGCUAUUCGAGGAGCAGAUGCCAUUCUAUACUGAAUUCGGAUAUAUUCCACAGCAAGCAGAACCUAGCUGGAUUUACCCACUCACUGUAACAGGGGAGAACACACACCAUGGGGAACCAUGGGGUCUUCACAGGAAGGUUAGACCAGGAGGACAGCAGCAACCAGUCUUUGAUCCCUUCCUAGGCACAGCUUCUGAACCCGCUGUGAUGCCAGCAGGAAGAGUGUUACCGAAUUUACAAAAAGAAAUGAUAAACUUUAAGCAUGCCAAUGCAGGAAUUGUCAUUCCUUCAACUUCACAAAAACCCAGCACAAGUGUUUUUACUUCUGCUAUAGACCCAACUAUUACUCCAGAGCUCAUGAAAAAGAAGGCCAAGACUGAUAACCUAAAGGAACCGUAAGAUGUUCUAAUCAUUCAAAGUUUGAGAGAACAAGAUGUGGCAGUGCCUUGGAUAUCAUUUGAGGCUAUUUGCUUCCCCAAUGCUAAUAUCAGUUCUUUGAAAAACAGAAAAUAGUUUGUCUCUUCUCCUGAAUGCCUUUCUACUUACACUCUUUCAAUAAGUCAUAGGAAAAUAAUACAAUUAUUUAGUAAGCCUUAUCUUUACAAAAUUAUAUUUCUUUUUAAAUAUACUUUCAUUGCAUAAUCUGGAAAGCAACAACAAUGAGAAUAAAGCUAAUAUCACUGAAUGAGUUGUAUAACUGCAAUUAAUAAAGGAAGGUGCUGGAAAAUGGUGGCCUCAAUAAGAAUAAAGAUAUCCUAUGGUUGGAUUUAUAAGUGUGGUGACUGAGACUGAUGAACUAAAGUACAUACUUAGCUUUGACAUACAACUUCAUUAUUUCCCCCAGGCCCAUUCAGCAGAUUCCUUCUGAUGCACUCUCCAUUCGAAUCAGAAUUAUUUGGUGGCAGAUAUCAUUAAGCGCAUGCUGUCAAUAUGGCCUAGCUACAUGGAGAGAUGGCUGUCAUCACCCAAAAGGAUAGGUCCUCAGGAAGAUGUACACUGGUUUGGGGAAGCAACAUCCUGUACAAAAUAGGACACGGAUUUUGGAUUUCAUCAGAUGUGGCUUUCAAUCUGGCUUGGAAACUUCAGCAAGUCCCUUGCACUGAGUCUCAAUCUUCCCAGAUGUAAAACAGACAUAGCAAUAUCUAUCUUUUCAAAAUCUCUGAAAGAGCUACAUGAAAUAAUACAUGUAAGAUACAUGGCUCAUACAAAGUACAGUUGACUCUUGAACAACACGGAUUUGAACAGCGGGGGUCUAGCUAUAAGUGGAUUUUUAUUUUCAAUAAAUACCUACAACCAUACUACACGAUCUGUGGCUGGUUGAAUCCUCAGAUGUGGAACCACGGAUAUGGAGUGCCGAUU